GAGGGCUGGCGAGCUACGGGGCCUCUCAGGAAGGAAGCCCCUGGAGGAGCCCCCGAGGAAAAGUGUCCCUCUUGCCGGGGAGGCUUGCCACCCCGGCUCCCCCUCCCUCGCCACGGGCCGUUAUUUCCUUGCUGCAGGAAGAAGGGAAGGAAGUUUGGUGGGGAGGAGCCGCCUCCGCUGUCGUCUCCCGGGUUGGGAGUUGCUGAGGAGGCCGCAGCAGCAGAAGCAGCCGCCCUGCUUGGAGCUGGACAGCGAUUUCUCGCCGUCCCCGCGUUCGGGCCCCAUCGCCAAUUGUUGUUAUGGCAAUGCAAGUGUUGGGGCAAUCUGGUGGCAACAGCCUAUUUUCUGGCAAUACUAACCUUAGCAUGGCACUGUCAAAUGACAUGUAUGACUUUUCUGAACUUUCCAAAGCUGAACUGGCAGCACCUCAACUUAUUAUGUUGGCAAAUGUGGCUCUGACAGGAGAAGUUAAUGGCAACUGUUGUGAUUAUAUGGUUGGUGAAGAGAGGCAAAUGGCUGAACUGACAACGGUGGGAAACACCAAUUUUUCAGACAGCGAUGGAGAAGGAAUAGAUGAUUCACAGGGAGCAGAGAAUGGUCAUGAAGCAAUGGAAGAUAUGGAUAUGGGCCUUGUUGCUCCUGAGGUUCGUAAUGUAGAAACAACUGGAUUAUCGGAGUCUGCUGUUCCUCACUCUUGUAAUCAGGAAAAGGGCUUUUCAUUAGAAGCACCAGAUGCCCCAGAGAGCGUAGAUGACAAAAGUAAGGGUUUGAAGAACAAACCAUUUCGUUGCAAGCCAUGCCAAUAUGAGGCAGAGUCUGAGAAAGAGUUUGUCCAUCAUAUUCGAGUGCACAGUGCCAAGAGAUUCAUUGUAGAAGAGAAAGCUGAGAAACAUGGUCAGGUUAAAGAAACUGACUCUAGCACUACAGAGGAGGUUGAUUUUUCUAAGGGGCCUAUAAGAUGUGAUCGCUGUGGCUAUAACACUAACAGGUAUGAUCAUUAUCUGGCUCAUUUGAAACACCACAACAAAGCAGGAGAAAAUGAGAGAGUCUACAAAUGCACUAUCUGCACAUAUACAACGGUCAGUGAAUAUCACUGGAAAAAGCAUCUAAGAAACCAUUUUCCACGAAAAGUAUAUUCGUGCUCACAGUGCUCCUACUUUUCAGAUCGGAAGAAUAACUAUGUGCAGCAUAUUCGAACUCAUACAGGAGAACGUCCGUAUCGGUGUUCUAUGUGUCCUUAUUCAAGUUCUCAGAAGACUCAUUUAACAAGACAUAUGCGUACUCAUUCAGGUGAGAAACCAUUCAAAUGUGAACAGUGCAGCUACGUGGCAUCAAACCAGCAUGAAGUGACUCGACAUGCAAGGCAGGUUCAUGAUGGGCCCAAACCACUGGCUUGUCCCCACUGUGAUUACAAAACAGCUGACAGAAGCAAUUUCAAGAAGCAUGUUGAACUCCAUGUCAGCCCUCGUCAGUUCCUCUGCCCAGUUUGUGAAUAUGCUGCAUCCAAGAAAUGUAACUUGCAGUAUCACAUCAAAUCCAGGCACCCAGACUGCUGUGACAUCACAAUGGAUGUCUCAAAAGUAAGACUAAGAACUAAAAAGAGUGAGGUUAACUCUUCUGAAAACAUUAGCACUGAGAAUAAAAUAGAACAAGAACAAACAAAGAAAGAGUUGACUGAAAAGAAAAAUGAGAGAGCUGUAAAAGAGGAGAAGAAAGAGAGCUUGUCGAAAGAAAAGAAGCCAACUGGUAGUGUUAGUGUAGGCCAAAUCACGACGCGAAGUCGCAAAAUAGUUGGUGAAAGAAAGGAAGAAAAUAUGAAAAUUGAAAAAACUAAUAAAACUAAGAAGGCAAAAAGGAAAGCAGAGACUAGCUCUAUUCCUUUGACAAAAGAGUUAUCAACAGAUACUGAUGUAAUAGUGAGAAAGAAAAAGAAAACCGAAAAAAUAUCACCCAAGUGUCAGUAUUCCCAGAAGGGUGAAAGCAAAUUGGAGGGGACCAAAAAGUCAAAUUCUUGCCUUAAGAAAAACAAAAAAAAGAAAUAUCUGAAGAGUAAGGCUGCUAAGAACAACAACAGUGCUGAUUGUGAAAAGAAUGCAGAUGAAGCUUCUGUUCGUAAAGAACAUCUUAUCCAUGAAAGACAAAGGAAGACCUCGGAUGCUCCUUCCACUGAGCAGGAGCCUGCCCUUCUCAUUGAUGGAGAGAAUCACUUUGCAUCUGGGAUGAACAUACAGGAUCAAGAGCUGCUGCCUGCGCAGCGUGUAGGCACAAAUAUCCCACUAGAGAUGAAAAACCAAGAAAUACUUAUAGGAGAAGAGGAGACUGUAAACGCUGUUUCAGAGAAGAACUUUGAAAUAGAACAAGCAGUUAUGCCUGGGACCAGCUCUGUGGACUCAAAUACCACCAUGGAAAAAGAAGCAGAGGUGCCAAAGGACAUUUUACCGGAUUUGUGCCAAGAUAUUCAGAUAACACAAACCUGUGAGAUGGAAAGUGUGACUAAUCCAGAUCUAGUACAAGAAAUUCAGUCAGUGCAAACAUGUGAGAAAGAGAUAGUGACUAAAGCACAUCAAGAUGAUUGUUCUACAAAACACUUACAGGCUGAAGACCCAGCAGGAGCUCCACCUCACCAAAAACCAGAAAAACUUGAACAAAAUACUCGAGCAGGUUUGGUUUCAUCAUCACCUAGUGGCACAGUAGUGAAUGAAAAUCAGGAAGUGGAAGAGGAUGAAGGCAUCCAUAGUCAUGAUGGCAGCGAUAUAAGUGACAACAUAUCAGAAGGCAGUGAUGAUUCUGGAUUAAAUGGCGCUCGUACGGCACAGGAAAAAACAGGUCAGAAAUCAUCCCAAGAAGUAACAGAGGCUAAGGCUACAAAGGAGAACUAUGUGUGUAUAUUUUGUGACCGUUCAUUUAAAAAAAAGGGUGAAUACAGUAAGCAUCUGAACCGACAUUUGGUAAAUGUAUACUAUCUUGAGAAGGCGACAAAGGAGCAAGAUUAACCAAACUGCAGUUUAAUGACAAUUUAUUCCUUUUUUGUAAAAUCCUCUAGAGCUUAGGUACAGUUCUUGUAGAAUCUUUGCUUAAGCUCAGUUUGCUUAUAUUAUUAAGUGGUUGGUUGAUUAUUUCCCCCGACCUUUGAAGAAAUGUUGAACUAAUUAACUAUUUGUUUCUCUUUGAUUAGAGAAGGCAAAUAGGGUGUGAAAUGCUGUGGCUUACAAAGCUGAAAAAAGUCCUUGGGAUAGAACCCUUGAGUGUUUCUGUUGACUUGCAACAGAUAUAUAUGUACAACUUCAUAGGUUUAGGAAUGGAAACCCCAGGGCAACAUUCAUGAGAGUUGCUCCUGUACAAGCUCUUUAGGAAUGAGCUGAAAAUGCAUAGAAGUAUGCAAAACCACUGUCAUGUUGCAGAGGUCUGUUUAUUUCCAUAGAGCUUGAAUUGUACAUGGUACCACUUGAUUAAGCCCCCAGUCUGUGCCUAUCCUUUUAAUACAUUGCAAGGAGAAAUUUUAACCUGGAAAAGUCUCAGGCAUAUUCUGUUCCUCUCUUUCCCUUAUUGGAGAAAGUAAAAUAUCAUUCAGAGUUUACUUCAGUGUGUUAUAUUUCUGAUUACUGAGUCUAGAACUCCUCCUUGAGCACCAUUUAUGCACACUUGCCACAGUAUGGAAUUAUUUUACUGUCAUGCAGUUCUGUGCCAUUGCAAUAUAUGAACACCAGAACUACAUGGAUAAGGACAAUUGUUUUGAGUAUCUGAUGUGACCAACUGUGCCCAUAUGUUUCUGAUUAUCAGAAUGCUUGCCAGUAUACAAAUGGGCAUGUUCUAGAUACAGAUUGUGUGGUCAAGGAAAUACCAAUUUUAAUACAUUAACAGCUUAUUUCAUGUGAAACCUUUUCCUUGAAGAGGUGAGCAUGAAUUUUGGGUGCAAAAUCCUGAGGCUGCUCAUCCAUGGUUAAUAACUCCUUGGAAAUGUGCCAAGUACACAGGCCAUCUUUGCUGAUAAAGUAUUAUAUAAAUGGAAUCUAAAAAAAAAUAUAACUGAUGCUCCUAGUAGAAUCUGUUUUGGUUCUUGUUUAUAUUAAUGUGUUGGAGUGCUUAAAAACUCAUUAGCUAUAUAAGAAAUAUAGUAGCUUAUUUUGUAAAAAGAGCACUUUUGGGGGAAAAAAUGUUGAGGUUCACUAGCAGUAAACAAAAUUACAUGAUCAUAUUUUUAAUUUGCAUAUACAUUUCAGGUCCCCCAAUCAUGAUCAGCAAGCCAAAAUCUUGAAAUUCUUUCCAUCUAUUGAUUGGUGAAUCCAUAAUUUGGUAAAUACUACUUUAAGACAAGGUCCAUUUCCUUUUGUGCUUUAAGACAAGAAAAAUGUUGCACAUAAAUGUUUUUAUUUUUACCUAUGCAGUUUAAGUCUUUAGGAGUUUAGUAUUUUUGUUGUAUAUGUAGAUUUUAUAUAUGCAUGUUUAGUUGGUUAAUCAGUUUCUUCCCUUAAUGUUGACACUUUCAGGUUUUGUUGCUUAUCAUGGUCAGUAUUCUCUGCUUCUUUUGACUAUAACUUUCUGAUUCUAUGUUGGCUGAUAGUUUUUUGAAAAGGUAAUAGACCCAUAAAGUUGAUUUAAUACUUCUAAUUAUUUAAUUUUGGAACAAAAUCUUUCUGUAGGGAAGUCCUAUUGUACAAUUCUGAUUUAACUGUGUUAGACCUGCACAGUGAACUCACAUGCUCCUGUUUGCUUCAACAGAACUGUGCAUGAUCUCCUUAUAGAGGGUGCCCUCUAAUGAAAGUUGGGAACUUUUCUGUCCCUCGACUAUUAAAACUUAAGUCCAUGUAUAAGUUUGCAUUUAGAGGAGCUUUCUUCAUUAGAAGAAUUAUGGAUCCAGCCCAUUGUAUUUGUAUAUGUACUGUUUUUAUGGAGAUAAUACUUCUUCUCUUCUGCAUUGCUAUUAUUUUUGGCAUGCUCUUGCUGGGGAAAAAUUAAAAUGAAUAGGACAUACGUUAAAAUUCAAUUUGUCUGUCACCCAUUCCUUUUAAAGGGACUUAUAUGUGAGACCUUUCUUGGGGCAUUUAAAAGUAUUAAUAGAGGGUGCUUGUUUAGUUUUAAGACAUUGCUAGCAUUAUAAAUGGAAUAUCCACUGUAUUGCAUAAUUAAUGCAAAAUAUUCGGCAAUUUAAUUAAUGGCAUUUAAUUAAAUUAAAUGAAUGGCUUGGACCAUAGCCCACACUACAUUAUGCUUUUGCCCAAUGCACAUUAAUUUCAGUAAGUGUUAAUUAUACUCCCUGUCUGCUAGAGUGAGAUUGCCUUGACAGAAUCAGAUUGCUCAUUUCAACGUCCAUAAAUCAGAAAAAUUCUGGUAAGCAACAAACCUCGAAUUUGGUCAGUUGUAGAAAUUACCAUUUCUAUUCAAUCAAGUUUUAAUUACUCUGGUCCUUUUAUAAUUCACAUAAGGAGAAAUUGAAAUGAUCAGAUAUCUGAGUAAUAAAUUUUCAGGUACAUAGAGAGAAGCACAACUUUAUUAAAGACUUUAUUAACAAGUAAGAUUCACUUGAGCUUUUUGAAAACAGUGAAAAGCUACAGAUAGCAAAACUGAGUGUGCAACCUUCUUUUACUCUUGUUCAUUUUCAAAUCAUUUUUGUUUUUGUAAGUUUGUGGAUAUGUGUUUUGCAAUACAACAAAUUAGCAGAUACGAACACUUGCACUGUCGAAGUCCACAAUCUGCUGGGAAGCCCCACUGCUGUGUUCUUGAAAUGUUUUGGCUCGUUUCUUACUGUGUGUGCAUGUGAACCUCUUGGUAGAUUUAUCUCCAGAUGGCUAUCAAGAGAGUUUUAUUUGCUGCUUCAAAAAUACUGAAACAAACUAUAAUAUUUAAUUUUUCCCCUUGGAGAUUGCUGAUCUUGCAUUAUAGUUUGGAUUAUAUUUAAUUUUUCCAUAUUCCCCUCUCUUUUCUCUUGGAAACUUUUAUAGUGCUGUUUCAACAUAACUUGACUGAAUUGAGGAACCUAAUACUUUUGUAUAGGUGUGGGUGGCAGAUUUGCGACAGAGGCCAAAGAUCUGAGGGAAACAUAUCCUUUAGGGCAGAAACAAAUUGUGUAAUGUUAGUUAUUUGUGUGUGGAAAGCUUAUGUCAAGACUUACCUUCGCUGUGACAAUCACUGUCAACUGAGAAUCAAGUUGCAACUAUAUUUAUGUUGAUCCAUUAAACAUUGCUGAAAUGUCUUCCUAACCAAUUAGUUAAAGUAGCAUUAUUCACAGUUCUAUUGACGGAUGUAAAAUAUUGUUGUUUUAUAUGAGGGUUGGACAGAGACUGGAAGCUCCAUUACUCUGUGGACUUUUUUUAUGUCUUCCUUUUUUAAGAGAGAUGCUUCCAUUUUGUAAGAGCCUUUGUGGCCUUGGCCUACAUUUCUAUCAAUUUUCUUAAACCAAGUUGGUUGGGGAAAAAAAAGGCAGAUAUGUAGUAAUAGUGUUAAUGACAUCAGAUAACUUGACAUUGUAUUAAAAUGAUAUGUGACUUGAAAUAGGUACUAGAAAAUUAUUAGAAAUAAAGGUUUCACAGUAGAAGGGAUUAGAAAAUAGCACCUGUAUUCUUGAGCAUGAGAAUGCAAAGCAAUGAAGUGUUAAAAGAACAAAUAUGCCAGUGAUAUGAUGAUGUGUCCCAAGAUUUAUUGGCUUUAUGACUAUCAGAAAUUCCAAUAUAUUACUACCCAUGUUGUUUGUUUAGAAAAAGACAGAAUUACAUGUUUUAAGGUAUGCUAGUAAAAGAUGGAAUGCCACUCCUAUCUUCAUGUUAGGUGUAGCUAAUGGAUAAAUUAAUUAGGGUUAAAAGUAUACAUAACAUAAUGUAUAUUUGCUUAAAGUAGGUAUUUCUUAAAUUGAACAUUAAGGUCGCAAGAAUUUUGGAUAUAUUUUUCCAGCCUCUCCUAUACUAAAAGGCUUCUUUUAGAAGCAGUGCUUAGUGUAACAUCUCAACUUGACAAAUACUUUAGUACAGUAUGUCAUGUUGAGCAGUAUAGUUAGUAGCACUGUUAGUAUUUGUGGAAACAAAUACUUGAACUCAGUUCUACAAGUAAACUAAAGGAUAAUUAGUAACUUGCAAUACACCUUAAUAGUGCUGCUAUUUGGAGCUUGAUUUAUACAUAAGGCAGGAGUGGCAACAUUUUUUAGACUGAGGGCUGCAAUUCACACCCCCAGCCAGCAGAAGAAUGCUUUCCAGUGAUAUACUGCUGUCACUGGAAUAUUAUUUUUCCAAUCAUUUAGGCCUUCUGGAGAUCUGAGAGAGAGAAUGGGAGCAGGAGGCUUCAGAGUGGCAAACUGCUUCCACUUUCAUCCGUCCCCAUCCCCCCCCCAGCCGGCCUAAAAGUUCACUGCCACGUUAUGGUUGUGUGAUUUGAGGCUGUUUUGGACUAUUUAAAAAUAGUAGUUUGCCUCCCAGAGUCCUCCUGUUCCUAUUAUUCUUACUUUGGGGGUGGGGUGGGGGUACAAAUUCGAAAAAUUGCCCUGCUGAAAAUUGGCCAUUUGCUGCUGAAUUUCACUGGGGCAGUCUCAGGCUGCUGAGGGGCCACCUGUGACCUAGAACUUUCAAUUCUUGCUAUAGAACAAACUGACAGGUCAGUUUAUGCAUAACGUUAAAGAUUUCAGUAUGUUAAGGUUUGCUGAUGUGUUGUAAACAGAGGUUCAUUUAAAUUUAUUGAAUCUUCAUUGUGUAGCUAACAUGCUGAGGUACAAUAUUAAUUAUAUCCAAAUAGCUUCAUGAAUUGUUUCAAUGAACAUAUAUUUUUCCACCUCUAAAAUUCAAAUCACACUAGCUAAAGAACUUUUUGUAAGCUGGCACUGAAACGUUUUAUGUUUGGUUGCACCAUGUUUGAAGCUUUUAACAGUGCAAUACUUGUAUUAUUCUCUCAAUUUAAACCAAAGGUAAUUUGUUCGUGCUUGCUAUCUACUGUAGUUGCAUGAAGUGCUUUUAUACAUUUGUAAUAGAUGUAAAAUCAGAGCAGAUCACAUGUCCUGGGUUUUUUAUUUACUUAAUCUAUGUACAAGCCUUUGUUCAAAUUAUAAAGUGUUAAACUAAAUUGCAUAUUAACCCUUGAGUGUAUUUUCCUAAGCAUAGUUAUAAGGCAAUAAACUUUAUUAAGGAAUAUG